ACAAGGGGCAAAUGUUUAAAGCAAAGAGAGGGGGAAAAGAAAAAAAGUACCAACAACAAAUUAAUGACAGCAGCCGACCAACACGAAGUGAGUGUGAAAGAGUCAUAAGAACAAGAGAAGAGGACGAGCCAGAGAGUGAAGCUGUGCUGCUGCUGCUGCUGCUGCUGCUGCUGCAGGUGGAGGGCCUGUCACCUUUGAGGACACGCUGAGGUUGAAAAUUAAGACUCUGACAGAGACCAAGAGGACAGCCAUGUUUUCAACCAGACCAGAGAUCCAGCCGUAAAAGAUAAGAGGCGGUCACCCCCGUCUUCCAGAUCCCCCUCUGCCCCUCAGCGCAACCCUCACCACAGCGGCUCCACAGAGGAACAGGAGAGCCCCGAGAGAGUGGUGCAGAAGGAGAAGCUCCAUGCCGAGCUGAAGCAGGUACUGAGCCAGAAGAGAAGUCAUCUGAGAGAGUCGACCUGCCAGCUGGCCCAACCAGAGAUGGACUCUGAGCCAGCAAAUGAACAGACAAGUGUGAAGGAAGCCUCUAAACCUGUGGAAAUUGUGGUGGAGACAGAGGCAGGGGCUGGAGCCAGCGGCUACAGUGUGACUGGUGGAGGAGAGCGAGGGAUCUUUGUUAAAGACGUCCUCAAAGACUCUCCAGCUGCUAAACACCUCAGUCUACAGCAAGGUGACCAGCUGCUAAGUGCCAAAGUCUACUUUGACAAUGUGAGGUAUGAAGACGCUUUAAAAAUCCUUCAGUGCGCAGAGCCAUAUAGGGUCAGCUUCCAGCUUAAGCGAACCAUCCCUGGAGCAGAUGUCAGCGUGCGCCCAAAGGUUCCCAGUGUGGAGGUCAAAGGUCCUAAAGUCAAGAUGGCCAAAAUGAGUGUGAAGGGGACCAAACCAUUCAAGACUCAGAAAAAACGAGGUGGACGUUUUGGUCUGAAAAGGCUAAAAGAGAAGCGAAGAGAGGAGCUGGUGGUAGAGGGAACACCUCCCAGGCUGGAGAUGAGUGAUGUAGAGUUUUCUCUUCCCAAAUUCAAACAAAGGAAAAGUCCAAAAGUUGAAGUAGAGGGAGCCAGAGGAGCAGCAGUUGAGAGGAAGGCAAAGAAGAGGAUCAGGUUCCCGCACAUAAAAACAAAAGGUUAUGCUGGAGCAGAGACGGGAGCAAAAGUGGAGACAGGACGGUUUGAAGGACAAGUGAAUAUUUCCCCAUCUGAAAUGCCUGGAGCUAAAGUGAAAAGCAAAGGAAAAGGACACAAGUUUGGCAUCACCUUUCCUACAAGCAAACACACAAAGUCAGGCUCUACUUUGGAAACUGGAUCUGUGAAGCUGAAGCCUCCGGGGGUAAACAUCCAGCCGCCAUCUGUGGAGUUCAGUUUGUCUGCUAAUAAAGAUGUGAAUGUGGAGAAGGGAGCAUCUAAAGUUAGCAUACCUGAUGUGGAGUUUGCUCUCCCUUCAGGAAAAGCUGAGACAUCUUUGCCCAGUGUGAAGGGAACGGCCAAAAUCAAAGCUCCUGAAAUGGACAUCAAAGGAAGAGCUGAGACAGCUGAAGGAAAAGUUCAUGUAGAUGCAGACAAAGGAGAUGCAAAGGUCAGGAUGCCAAAGUUGAAACUACCCAAAGUUAGACUCUCACACCAUUCAGAUGAAAUUGAUGGUGACAUCAAGGUAAAAGCUGGAGGCAUCAAAAUGCCUCACACUGACAUAAAACCUCCAGAGGUAGAAAUCAAAGGAGACGGGCAGAUCGGUCUUCCCUCUGUUGAUAUUUCUUUACCUAAAGUGAAGGGAAAGACUGACAUAUUGGUCAAAGAUCACGAAGGAAUUAGGAAGACUGCAAUCAACAUGCCUGCCAGUGACAUCUCUGUAGCUGAUGUUGAUUUGGAAUUAGACAGCGGACGGAGAAUUCCUGAUGAGGUCGAGGGCACUUUUAAAGGUCCCAAAAUCUCUAUGCCAAAGAUUGAUAUCUCACUUCCUAAGAUGGGAUCAUCGGUGGACACUGAGUGCACAGAAGAGGAAGGAAAAUUCUCUCUACCUUCUGUUGAGCUCUCACUCCCAAAGGUCAAAUCAGACAGUGGAGACAUCCAUAUGGACUAUUAUGUUGGUGGUGAUGGAAAAUUCAAAAUGCCUGAUUUUGACAUUUCUCCACCAGGAGAAGUAAACAUAAGGGGACAAGGUGUGGAAGGGGAAUUCAAGUUACCAAACGUGGACCUGAUCCUUCCCAAAGGCAAAGCAGGAGUGACUGAUGUUGAAGGGGAAGGAAAUUUUCAUUUACCACCACUUGAAAUUUCACUCCCUAAAAUGAGGACAGGUGAAGUGGAAGUUACCAUUGAAGGUCCAGCAGUGAAAGGCAGAAAAUUUGAAAUGAAUUUACCUGACAUCUCUCUACCCAAAGGGAAAAUGGAAGGAGACACUGAAAUAGAAGGACUAUCUCAGGAGGAAGGAAAAUUCAAAAUGCCUUCUAUAGAUGUUUCUCUGCCACACCUUAAACAUCCAGAGGGGCCUGAACAUGAGGGUGGAAGUGAAAUCCAGAUACCCUCUGUUGAUAUUUCUCUUGAAAAAGGAAAGACAAAGGGCAAAAUUGAAAUGGAGGCUCCCUCUGCUAAAGGACGAUUCAAAAUGCCUUCACUUGAUGUCAGACUCCCUAAGAUAGGAACAUCUGAAACUGAGGCUAAUUUACAUGGUUCUGAUAUCAAAGGAGGGAAAAUUGAGGCGCCAUCAAUAGAUGUUUCUCUGUCAAAAGACAGGGGAGAGGCUGAAAUUGAUGGAAAAGGAAGCAAUUUUAAAAUGCCUUCAUGCAGUAUAUCCCUACCAAAACUGAAGCCAUCUGAAAAAGAGGUUGUUUUAGAAGGAAGUGAAGUAAAAGGAGGCAAACUCAGAAUGCCCACUGUAGACAUUUCUCCUCCAAAAAUAAAGCUACCUGGCCCAGAUGUCAAGCUUGAAGGACCAGAACUUCCAGGUGUUGACUUUUCACUAUCCGAGCCAAACAUCAAGGCCAAUGUGGAGCUCGGUGGCAGUGGGAGUGGCAAGUUCCAGCUCCCAACUUUUGAUAUCUCACUUCCAAAGAUGCCCACCAAAGAAGGAGAAUUUGAUAUUGAAUCUAAAGCCAAGGGAGGAACAAAGUUCAAUAUCCCAUCGCUUGACUUCUCUCUUCCUGUAAUGAAAUCACCAGAGGGAGAGAUAAAGAUUGAGAGCCCUGAAGUCAAAGGAGGAAAAUUCCAGAUGCCUUCUUUGGAUGUCUCACUACCAAAGAUGGAGAAGCCUGAGGGAAAUGUUGUCCUAGAAGGACCUUCACUUGACUUCUCUCCUCCAAAGGGAAAAGCGAAAGGAAAAGCCGAGGGAAACAUACAAGCAAAAAGUAAAGGAGAACCUUUUAAAAUCCCUUCAGUUGAUGUUUCUCUACCUCAGAUCAAAUCAAAGCAAGGUGAUAUAAAUGUUGAAGGACCAGAAAUUAAUUUUGAAGGUAAUGGAGAAGGAGGCAAAUUCAACUUACCAUCUGUUGACAUUGGUCUUCCUGUUGUAAAAUUCCCAGAAACAGAUGUGAAUUUCCAAGGUCCCAAAAUCAAAACUGGGAAUUUUGAAAUGCCAAAAAUUGACUUGUCCCUUUCUAAGGAAAAAACACAAGAAGACAUAAAUAUUGAUAUUCACUCUGGAAAGGAUGGGAAAAUUGAAAUACCAUCAAAUAAUAUCAGACUUCCUGAAGAAAAAAUUAAAGGUGAUAUAAAUAUUAAAAGUCCUGAAGGAAAAACAGGUAUGUUCAAAAUGCCUCAGGUGGAUAUUUCUCUUCCAAAAAUGAGCCUGCCAGAGGGUGAUGUCAAUGUGGAAGGACCAAGCUUUAAAGGGAAAAUGGAAAUGCCAGCUGUUGAUAUUUCACUUCCAAAAGGUAAAGUAGAGGGAGAUGUUGACACUGGCAUUGACAUAAACAUUGAAGCACCUGAAGGUACAGGGGGAAAGAUAACAAUGCCAAAAUUUGACAUUUCUUUACCAGAGGUAAAUUUUCCUGAGGGUGAUGUCAAAUUAAAAGGACCUGAAACAAAGGGAAGAAAGAUUGAAAUACCAGAUAUUGACAUAUCACUGCCCAAAGGAAAAGCAGAGGGACAAAUUGAAGGGCACACUGGCAAAGGCAACAAGUUCCACAUGCCCUCUAUUAACAUCUCUCUCCCUAAAAUAAAAUCUAAAAGACAAGAUAUACAUACUGAAGGUCCACAAGUCAAAGGUGGAAAGCCAAACAUGCCAUCCGUAGAUCUUUCUACACCUAAAAUAAAAUCUCAGGAUGUAGAUGUCACUCUUGAGGGUCCUGAUGUCAAGGGAGGGAAGAUCAAAAUUCCAACUGUUGAUGUUUCACUUCCUAAAGGAAAGGUUGGGGGUGACAUAAAUAUCGAAGGCCCUGAGAUGAAAGGAGCUAAUUUCAAAAUGCCAAAAUUUGAUGUUUCUUUACCUAAAGUCAGUCUCCCAAAGGCUGGAGUCGAUGUUGAAGGACCAGAUGUGCAAGGAAAACUUGAAAUGCCCACUGCUGAUAUUUCUCUUCCAAAGGGUAAAGCAGAUGUGGAUAUUGACAUUGAAGGAAAAACUGGUAAAGGUGGCAAGUUUCACAUGCCUUCACUUGAUAUUUCUCUUCCUAAAAUCAAAGCAAAGGGACUUGAUGUGGAUAUCCAAGGACCUGAAGUCAAAGGUGAUAUGUCACUCCCAGAAAUCAAGUCUCCAGAGGUAGAUGUCAGCCUCCAAGGUCCAGAUAUUAAAGAUGGGAAAUUUAAAUUGCCCACUGUCGACAUGCCAUCAUUGGAUCUCUCGCUACCCAAAAUGAAGUCUCCAGAUGUAGAUGUCACUCUUGAGGCUCCUGAUGUCAAGGGGGGGGAGAUAAAAAUUCCAACUGCUGAUGUUUCACUUCCUAAAGGAAAAGUUGAAGGCAACCUUGAUGUUGAAGGCCCUGAAAUGAAGGGUGACAAGUUUAAAAUGCCGAAAUUCGAUAUUUCUUUACCAAAACAGAGUCUUCCAGAAGGUGAUGUAAAAAUAAAAGGUCCGGACAUUAAAACUGGAAAGAUUGAGAUGCCAGACAUCAAUAUUUCACUCCCUAAAGGAAAAACUGAAGGAGAUAUUGGAAAAGGUGGAAAGUUCCACAUGCCAUCUGUUGACAUCUCUUUUCCUAAAAUCAAAGCCAAAGGUCCUGAGAUUAAUGUUGAAGGCCCUCAGGUUGAAGGUGGCAGGUUAAAUAUGCCAUCCCCUGAUGUUUCGCUACCCAAAAUCAAGUCUCCAGAGAUAGAUGUCAGCCUCCAAGGUCCAGAUAUUAAAGGGGGGAAAUUUAAAUUGCCCACUGUCGACAUGCCAUCAUUGGAUCUCUCACCACCUAAAAUGAAGUCUCCAGAUGUAGAUGUCACUCUUGAGGGUCCUGAUGUCAAGGGAGGGAAGAUCAAAAUUCCAACUGCUGAUGUUUCACUUCCUAAAGGAAACAUUGAGGGUGACAUAAAUAUCGAAGGCCCUGAGAUGAAAGGGGGCAAAUUCAAAAUGCCAAAAUUUGAUGUUUCUUUGCCUAAAGUCAGUCUCCCAAAGGCUGGAGUCGAUGUUGAAGGACCAGAUUUCAAAGGGAAACUUGGAAUGCCCACUGCUGAUAUUUCACUUCCAAAAGGAAAAGCAGAUGUGGAUAUUGACAUUGAAGGAAAAACUGGUAAAGGUGGCAAGUUUCACAUGCCUUCACUUGAUAUUUCUCUUCCUAAAAUCAAAGCAGAGGGACUUGAUGUUGAUAUCCAAGGACCUGAAGUCAAAGGUGAUAUGUCACUCCCAGAAAUCAAGUCUCCAGAGAUAGAUGUCAGCCUCCAAGGUCCAGAUGUUAAUGGUGGGAAAUUUAAAUUGCCCACUGUCGACAUGCCAUCAUUGGAUCUCUCGCUACCCAAAAUGAAGUCUCCAGAUGUAGAUGUCACUCUUGAGGGUCCUGAUGUUAAGGGAGGGAAGAUCAAAAUUCCAGCUGUUGAUGUUUCACUUCCUAAAGGAAAGGUUGAGGGUGACAUAAAUAUCGAAGGCCCUGAGAUGAAAGGGGGCAAAUUCAAAAUGCCAAAAUUUGAUGUUUCUUUGCCUAAAGUCAGUCUCCCAAAGGCUGGAGUCGAUGUUGAAGGACCAGAUUUCAAAGGGAAACUUGAAAUGCCCACUGCUGAUAUUUCACUUCCAAAGGGAAAAGCAGAUGUGGAUAUUGACAUUGAAGGAAAAACUGGUAAAGGUGGCAAGUUUCACAUGCCUUCACUUGAUAUUUCUCUUCCUAAAAUCAAAGCAAAGGGACUUGAUGUGGAUAUCCAAGGACCUGAAGUCAAAGGUGAUAUGUCACUCCCAGAAAUCAAGUCUCCAGAGGUAGAUGUCAGCCUCCAAGGUCCAGAUAUUAAAAGGGGGAAAUUUAAAUUGCCCACUGUCGACAUGCCAUCAUUGGAUCUCUCACUACCCAAAAUGAAGUCUCCAGAUGUAGAUGUCACUCUUGAGGGUCCUGAUGUCAAGGGAGGGAAGAUCAAAAUUCCAACUGCUGAUGUUUCAACUCCUAAAGGAAAAAUUGAGGGCAACCUUGAUGUUGAAGGCCCUGAAAUGAAGGGUGACAAGUUUAAAAUGCCGAAAUUCGAUAUUUCUUUACCAAAAGGUCAUGUCAAAAUAAAAGGUCCUGACAUUAAUACUGGAAAGAUUGAGAUGCCAGACAUUGAUAUUUCACUCCCGGAAGGAAAAGGAAAGGGAAAAAUUGAAGGCGAUAUUGGAAAAGGUGGAAAGUUCCACAUGCCAUCUAUCGACAUCUCUUUUCCUAAAGUCAAAGCCAAAGGUCCUGAAAUUAAUGUUGAAGGCCCUCAAGUUGAAGGUGGGAAGCUAAAUAUGCCAUCCCUUGAUGUUUCGCUACCCAAAAUGAAGUCUCCAGAUGUAGAUGUCACUCUUGAGGGUCCUGAUGUCAAGGGAGGGAAGAUCAAAAUUCCAACUGCUGAUGUUUCACUUCCUAAAGGAAAGGUUGAGGGUGACAUAAAUAUCGAAGGCCCUGAGAUGAAAGGGGGCAAAUUCAAAAUGCCAAAAUUUGAUGUUUCUUUGCCUAAAGUCAGUCUCCCAAAGGCUGGAGUCGAUGUUGAAGGACCAGAUUUCAAAGGGAAACUUGAAAUGCCCACUGCUGAUAUUUCACUUCCAAAAGGAAAAGCAGAUGUGGAUAUUGACAUUGAAGGAAAAACUGGUAAAGGUGGCAAGUUUCACAUGCCUUCACUUGAUAUUUCUCUUCCUAAAAUCAAAGCAAAGGGACUUGAUGUGGAUAUUCAAGGACCUGAAGUCAAGGGUGAUAUGUCACUCCCAGAAAUCAAGUCUCCAGAGGUAGAUAUCAGCCUCCAAGGUCCAGAUAUUAAAGAUGGGAAAUUUAAAUUGCCCACUGUCGACAUGCCAUCAUUGGAUCUCUCGCUACCCAAAAUGAAGUCUCCAGAUGUAGAUGUCACUCUUGAGGGUCCUGAUGUCAAGGGAGGGAAGAUCAAAAUUCCAACUGCUGAUGUUUCACUUCCUAAAGGAAAGGUUGAGGGUGACAUAAAUAUCGAAGGCCCUGAGAUGAAAGGGGGCAAAUUCAAAAUGCCAAAAUUUGAUGUUUCUUUGCCUAAAGUCAGUCUCCCAAAGGCUGGGGUCGAGGUUGAAGGACCAGAUUUCAAAGGGAAACUUGAAAUGCCCACUGCUGAUAUUUCACUUCCAAAGGGAAAAGCAGAUGUGGAUAUUGACAUUGAAGGAAAAACUGGUAAAGGUGGCAAGUUUCACAUGCCUUCACUUGAUAUUUCUCUUCCUAAAAUCAAAGCAAAGGGACUUGAUGUGGAUAUCCAAGGACCUGAAGUCAAAGGUGAUAUGUCACUCCCUAAAAUCAAGUCUCCAGAGGUAGAUAUCAGCCUCCAAGGUCCAGAUAUUAAAGGGGGGAAAUUUAAAUUGCCCACUGUCGACAUGCCAUCAUUGGAUCUCUCACUACCCAAAAUGAAGUCUCCAGAUGUAGAUGUCACUCUUGAGGGUCCUGAUGUCAAGGGAGGGAAGAUCAAAAUUCCAACUGCUGAUGUUUCACUUCCUAAAGGAAAGGUUGAGGGUGACAUAAAUAUCGAAGGCCCUGAGAUGAAAGGGGCAAAUUCAAAAUGCCAAAAUUUGAUGUUUCUUUGCCUAAAGUCAGUCUCCCAAAGGCUGGAGUCGAGGUUGAAGGACCAGAUUUCAAAGGAAACUUGA